AUGGAUGCCCAGGGCGCUGUCGACUCGCUCCUUGGCCGCCUCACCGCCAUCCUCGUCGACGAGGCGCAGCUGCUCGGCGGCCUCCAUUGCGACGUGGAGUUCAUCAAGGAUGAGAUGGAAAGCAUGAACGGCCUGCUCCUCCACCUCAUCGAGGCGCACCACCGCGACCACCAGGUGCGCGCUUGGAUGAAGCAAGUCGUCGACCUCACCCGCGACUGCGAGGGCAACGUCGAGCUCUACAUCCACAGCGUUACAGACGCUGGCCACCACGCUAGUGGCUUCCUGGGCUACUUGCGGCACAUCGUCCGCUAUGUGCGCACCAUCCCGGAGAGGCACCGGAUCGCAACGAGGAUUCAGGAGCUUAAGGUCAGGGCACGCGAUGUAGGCGACAGGAAGCUGAGGUAUGGUGUCACCGUGCCACCGGCUGCUGACCAAGCUGACCCGAUAUUCAUGGGCGACGUACCCCAUGGAUCAGAAGAUGAGGAGGAAGAUGCUCACAGACGCUCUCUUCUUAUCAAUUGUCCGGACGAAGUGGCUUAUAUUGAGAAAAUCAUUGAUGAUAUCAUCAAGUCUUUGCUAGCUGAGGAAGAACUUGUCCAAGAUCCGGCAAACGGGGACUCACACCCUAGGAUAUUUCUUAUAAUCCCACCGAGGUAUGAUUACCUUGAUAUGGAUAUGAUUACAAAGAAACUGUAUAAGCGGAAAAUGUGCUCAUUUAGUUGCAAAGCCUUGGUCCACUACGGCAAGCAGUGCUUCUCUGAAGUCCACGUACUGCGGGAAAUACUGCACCAUGUGGCGCCCCUUCCAGCUGAACAAGACAUGCUCAGGGUGGAACUGGAGAAGAGUUCGGAAAUAUCACCCAGUAUUGAUGUGGAGGAUGAGACCAUGCAACUCAGGAAGAAACUUGAGGGGUAUCUCAAAGGUAAACGGUUCUUGAUCAUUGUUCGAGGUAUCGAUGAUAAGUAUGACUGGAAAAGCAUAGGCCCUGGUCUGUUACAUGCUACUGCUCACGGUUCUCCUGAUAGUGCUAUCGUCUUUACAAGAUAUUCUGAAGAUUUUUUCAUCGAGUCCCCUUAUAAAAAAUUGAAACUACAAAGUCUAUUUAGUGCUUUCUGCAAUAAUACCAAGGAGCUUUGUUCUGGCAGUUCUGGAUAUGGAAUAAGACAAAUUUUACAUUUAUGUCAGUCCGAUGUCUUUGCAAUGAAGAUGUUCCAACAUCUUAUGUAUGUUAACGGUGCAAGGGGUACAACACAGAUAGACAACUUCGUAGGAACCUUAGAGGGUUGUGAGCUCUUGGGUAAAAGUGUGGCAAAGCAAAUGGUGAAGUUCUCCUACAAUGACUUGCCUGCCAAGUACAGGAGCUGCUUGCUCUACCUAACUAUUUUCCCGCAAGGUGACCACAUUAGGAGAUCAACUGUGUGUAGAAGAUGGAUAGCUGAAGGCCUGAUAACAUCCAGGGAGAAUCAUGCAGAAGAUGAAGCUGAUUCAUGUUUCAAUGCCCUCCUCUCCAGGAGUCUCAUUCAACCUGGGGAGAUCGAUGACAUGGGCAAGACCAAGACCUGCACAUUACAUCAUGUUGUUCAUCAAGUCAUCACCAGGAUUGCUAGAGAUAUA